CGUUAUUCUCGCCUUUUCAUUGGUUGUUGGUCUUGCCACUUGUUGCCAUUUCCUGUUUGCGCACAGGUUGGGCUCCGAAUGUUUACUCCUCCAGGCUCGGCGCACUUUUGGUGGGAUUUUGUUUUUUCUAACCUCAACGGUGUUGAGAUAGUGUCUCAGCCCCUCGCUAAAGUUGUCUGUGUGUCAAUUCCUCUUUUUUUGCUUUUUGCUCUCAGCGUUGCUGGUGUAGAACAAGUGUGCCUCACAUCGACUAAUUGCCGUGGCUGUGAAUGGGGAUCCGCUGCCAAAACCCACAAAGGCUGAACCAAUUCGGCUAACACAUCUCAACAGUCAGCAUAGCUUGCCUGUAUAAUAGAAUUGCUACGUUCACACGUAUGCUCUGAAGGGGUUCCCUAUCAUCACCUAAUCGGC